CCCAACGAAGCAUUGAAACAAACAUUUGCCACAAAACUGUCAUAACUUUUGCCAUUCAGUGGUCAUUGAGUCCAAGAGUUGCUGCAAUCAGUUGUCCAGAUGUCCGUCACGUUGAGUCCAGACAAACGGGUCAUCGUAUCCAUCAAACCAUACAAUCACGAGAAAAGUCCCAAAAUAUGUCUUUCGAUGGACUCAUGCCAUGAGACCAAUGAUGGCGUGAAUAUCCGCAAGAGUUGCCACUCGUGUCACGAAUUGCGACAAAUGGUUGCCUUCAAAGACAUGGCUAUCCGGCGAUUGUCUGAAGACAGAGAGGAAUUGAAACUGAAAUUAACACAAAUUCAUAACAAAAACAUUGAUUUAAAGCAAACACUCAAAAGACUUGAAACUCAAGACAUCGGUUCCGAUGGCACCCAAAGCCACGAGAAGUUCAAUGAUCUGAAAGCAAGUAACGAGGAGUUGGUGGCUAUUAAUAGACAUUUGAGACAACAUUUAAAUACUUUAAGACAAGUGUUCACUGAGUUGUAUAAUUCCGGUGAAGAUACUGGAAAUGACACCACAGUUACCACAACCAACACAUCCAGUGAUACUACCGUCCAAUCGGUCACUAAAACCCCGACUAAAACACAGAGUACUUCCACUGACUUCAUCGCAACUACUGACAAAUCAAUGGAUAGAUCCAAAGGUGAUGAGAGUGUGGAACUGUCCUCGAAGUCCAGUUUUGAUAAGUGGUAUAACAAAUGAAUCUCUGGUUUAUGAUAUCUUAGGCUUACUUUUUUGAACAAAUCUUUUCUUUAUUCAAAUAUCACUUCAAAUCCAAAUGUUUUUUGUGACUAUUAUCUCAAAAGUAUAGUUAAUUAUUAAUAUAAUUGUCUUAUUUUUCA